UAUAGCUUGGCAGCACUGUUCGGCUGUCAGUAAUUGUUUAAUAACAAAUAAGCCGUGUGUAAUGUAUAAAUAUUGCAAGAUUCUACAGCAAAGAUUGUACAAAUAACUUAAUUCGAAUACAAAAUGAGACCUGAAGAGUAUAUAGAUAAAGAUGAGCUAAGCACUUGGGAGGAUACUAAAAUAAAUGCAUUGAAAUUUCGUAAUCAAAUGAUGACAUAUUCAGAAUUUCAAAAACCUUGUCCAUUGAGUUGCUUCAGUACAUCAACUGAACGGGUUUAUGUACCACGCGCGGACGAAAUGCGCUAUUAUAAAAAACCAACGAAAUUUCCAAUGGAUUUAAAUGAGAACAUAAGAAAUGCUAUACUAAAGCCGGAAAGUGCACACCAUGAAGGCGUGCUUAACAUGCUAAAACAUAUCGAAAACGAAAUUACUGUAAAAGAAGAAAAUCCAUUGCUAAAUAUUGAUUUUGUUUGUUGGCGCGGACUACUGACAUUGAUUAUGAAUACUCCGUAUGAGAAUAAAAGCGAUUGGCAUUUAAGAGUUACAAAAUUUAUGGGAACGUGUUAUUUACGUAAAGUCGAAACGAAGCAAAAGAAAAUGGAGCGUGAUAGUAUGACACAAAAACAAUGUGAUAUGGCAAGUUGGGGUUUUAAAUUUGAGCAAUAUUGUUUGGCAGAGACGCCUGAAUCCGAACCUGAUACAGUAAGUCCAGUAGAUGAGUGUAGUGAAUUUGCUAUAGUAUAUCAAACCAAAAUAGGAGGUUUCAAUAUGUUUUAUGGUGCUGAAAUGGAUGGCGUUGAUUCCAAUAAAACCAUAAAUUUUGAUGCACGCCCCAAUAAAGAACAAUUAUCAUCAAUGAAUUUUAUUGAACUUAAAGUACGUAAAAAGGAUUUAAGCUUUUACCAAAAACGCACAUAUAAUUGCAUCAAGACGCGUACAUGGUGGUGUCAAUCCUUUUUAGUUGGAGUUUCUAAAAUCAUUGUUGGCUUGCGGAACGAUAAUGGGCUUGUGGAUAGCAUUGAGGAGGUUGAAGUAAAUUCACUAAUUAAACAAGGUCAAAAUUAUUGGAGUGGCAAUAAUUGCAUUGAAUUUUUAACAUUUAUGUUGAAAUUCAUUAAGGAAAAAACGAGUGAUUUAAACUGUCCACACACUGUAGUGGAUUUUUAUUACAAUUCUGAUAAUAGACAUAUUAGUUAUAAAAAAACCGAGGGGAAGAGUCCCAGCUCAUUUUUACCUGAUUGGUAUAUAACUGCAGUAAAAAGCCAACAUACGUUUUAAACACACACAGAGUGUUAAAUUUUAAUUAUUAUAUUUUAAAGUUUACAGAGUAUUUCUUAAUUCAAAAUACAAAACCCAAAAAUAUACGUUAUA